AUGCUUCUCGCCUACGGCUUGAGUGUUGCGGCUUUGGCAGCCACAGCCCUGACAGCUUCCGUGUUGCCCAGGGCUCCGCAGCCAUGGACAAACUUCAACGACAAUGCGGUGUUCAUGCCGAAGCAAGAAGCGACUAGUUGGCGCACCCUCUAUGGUCGCACCGUCCAGCUCCCGGACUUCUCACUCCUCCUGUCAUGGGAGGACUACGAUCCCGACGUGACCUUAACGUACUUCCCCAUCUACAAGUCAACUGAUGGCGGAGCCACGUACCAGCCCUUCUCAAGGGUAGAGGACCAGGUCAAUGGUUGGGGUAACUGGUAUCAGCCUUUCCUGUAUUCCCUCCCCCAAGACUUUGGAGGUUACUCCAAGGGGACGAUACUCCUGGCCGGAGUCUCGACGCCUCGAAACCUGUCCCAAGCGUACAUCGAUCUUUACGCCAGCACCAACAGCGGCAAAGACUGGGAGUUCGUCAGCCACAUAGUCUACGGCCCGGGACCCGAAACCACGAGCACAGGCGACAAGGCCGUAUGGGAACCAUUCCUGUUGAUGCAUGAGGACCCCAAGUACAACCAGAAGCUCUCCCACGUAACGACAAGCAAUCUUCGCGACUGGAGUGCCGAAGUCGACGAUGUUGUCAAAGACGACUUCCAACAGCGGCCCGGCAUGGCGACGGUCGCCUACAGCCCAGUUUCCAAGAAAUAUGUCAUGACCUUCGAGAAUUGUGGCCUUCCCGGUGGCUGCCCUGUGCGCCACAAGGUCUCCCAGGAUCCCCUUCAGUUUGGUGCUGCGGCCGACUACCCACUUAUGGCAGAUAGUAGCUUGAACCCCUCAGGCAGUCCCUAUGUCAUAUGGACCCCGGAACCUGGAAACGAGGCCGAAGGAGUGUUUAUCGCCAACGGGAACUCCCGCGAGGAAAUCUUCGUCAACACUGACGCUCUUGAUGUGAAUGGGUGGAAGCCGCUUGAUGUCGGGCAGUGGUCAGCCUACUCGAGAGAACUGCGUAUCAUCAAUACACCCCAAGGCAGUGCGGCGGCCGGGAAACAGAAGCUACUGAUUACGAACGGUGGUAAUAUGGGUUGCUCUGGGUCUUGCUACAAUUACGUAGCCGAUGGUGUCGUCGAUAUUCCCAGCUACCCUCGCUCUGUGUAA